AUGGACGCAGCAGUUUUGGCCUGGGUGCUCUCCUCCUGGGAUCUUCGGAAGCACCUCCUGCUCCUGGCGGCUCCGGAGAUGCUCCCCGCCUGGCUGCGCGGCUGGCUGUGGCUCUGCUCGGCCGCGCACGGUUUACACAUUCAGCAGUAUCUCUAUUUCCAAGUCCUCAGCCCCGGGGACAUCCGCUACAUCUUUUCUGCGACACCGGCCAGGGAUUUUGGGGGAGUGUUCAACACCAGAUACGAGCAGAUUUACCUGGUGCCCACGGAGCCUCCCGAAGCGUGUGGCGUGUUGAACAAUGGCGUUUUCGUGGAAGGCCAGAUUGCCUUGGUGGAACGUGGGGGCUGCUCGUUCUUGUCCAAAACCCGCAUCGUCCAAGAGCACGGGGGCCGCGCGGUGAUCAUUGCUGACAAUGCCUACGACAACGACAGUUCCUACGUGGAGAUGAUCCAGGACAGCAGCAGCCAGACAGCAGAUAUUCCUGCCCUCUUCCUCCUUGGGAGAGACGGGUACAUGAUUCGGCGUUCCUUGGAGCAGCACGGACUCCCCUGGGCCGUCAUUUCCAUCCCCGUCAACGUCACCAGCAUCCCGACUUACGAACUGAUGCAGCCUCCGUGGACCUUCUGGUAGCAGAGGGGAGA